UCUCUAACCUAAAAUUAGUAUUUAAUAUUUAUUUACUUUAGAUUAGCUAAACUAAACAAACCAUUUUACUUGAAUAGAAUACAACGUACAUUACAUAAAUAUCUGAUUUAUUUACUAUGGGGAGUGCAACGAAUGCAUUAAUAUUUAAAGUACAAGCAGAAUGUCCAAUAACACGAGCUCGAGCCGCUCUAAUGAAGUUACCACACUAUGAAGUUCAUACUCCUGUAUUUAUGCCAGUUGGAACCCAGGGAACAAUGAAAGGUCUGUUGCCUGAUCAGCUUGAAACUCUAAAUUGCGAGAUUAUAUUAGGGAACACCUAUCAUUUGGGAAACAGGCCUGGUGUGGAUGUGUUGCAAAAAGUUGGUGGCCUUCACAAAUUUAUGGGAUGGAACCGAGCUCUCCUAACUGAUUCUGGAGGAUUUCAAAUGGUGUCAUUACUUAAAUUAGCAGAAAUCACUGAAGAAGGUGUAAAAUUUAGAUCCCCAUAUGAUGAUACUGAAAUUAUGUUGACACCAGAGAAAUCUAUAGAAAUUCAAAAUUGUAUUGGUGCUGAUAUCAUAAUGCAGCUAGAUGAUGUGGUGCAAACAACAUUUCAAGACCAUGAUCGGAUAAAAGAAGCCACAGAAAGGACAAGUAGGUGGCUGGACCGUUGCCUGAAAGCUCAUAAAAGACCAACUGAACAAAAUAUAUUCCCUAUAGUACAAGGUUUAUUAAAUCCAGAAUUAAGAAGACAAAGUGCUGAAGAACAUAUAACUAAAGAUGUAAAUGGUUUUGCUAUAGGAGGUCUAAGUGGAGGUGAAGCAAAGGAUGACUUUUGGCCAAUGGUUAGCCUGGGAACAGAAAUACUUGAUAAAAAUAAACCCCGCUAUCUGAUGGGAGUGGGACUAGCAAUAGACCUUGUUGUGUGUGUGGCUUUAGGAGUAGACAUGUUUGACUGUGUAUUUCCAACUAGAACAGCUAGAUUCGGAUGUGCACUUAUCAACAAAGGACAAUUGAACUUGAAACAGAAACAGUUUGAGAGUGAUCUCAAUCCAAUUGAUAAGGACUGUGAAUGUACUACUUGUAAAAACUAUACAAGAGCUUACUUGCACUGUAUUGUGUCUGUUGAAACUGUGGCCUGCCAUUUGAUUUCAGUGCACAACAUUGCCUUUCAGAUGCGUCUUAUGAGAACCAUGAGGGAAAAUAUUAAACAGGGAACAUUCCCUCAAUUUGUUAAAAAAUUUGUAAAUGAAGUUCAUCCUGAUAAAAACUUUCCUACUUGGAUUAAAAACUCAUUGAUGUCAGUUGGAAUUGACAUAAUGGAAGACUAAAACUUUAAUCAAAAGACAAGAAAGCUAAUAAAAUGAAAUGUUUAUAAACAUUUUAAUGUAACAUGGCCAAUUAGCAGUGGCUUUCAUGAACAAUUUUCCCAAUGGCUUUACUUGAAGUAUUUUUAAAAGAAUUUAAACUAAAGAAAUAAAAUCUUUUGUUACAUU